AUGUUGAAAUACACAUUGCUCAUAUAUAUCAUUGCGGGUUAUUUCAUAUCAGAAAUAUCAAACAAACUUUUAGAUAUAAGUCUUCCACGAAAUGUCUUUAAAAAUCCAAAACCAUUUAAAAAAAAUGAGAUAAAAAAGGGCAUUGAUAAGGAUGAAAAGUCUAUUAUGAAAAAUGUAGACUCAAUAGAUGUUAUGUUCGAACCAAAGGUUAAAAGGUUCGUCCCUUCUAGGACUAGAAAAACUCAUGUUGUAGGUGGUCUUAGUCAAAGUAUAUCUGACCUAGGAGAUGUGGAAAAGAGCAAAUAUGAGAAAGCCGUACGAUUCUUUCAGAAUAUAAAGAAUGAAAUGUUUAAUAUGUCAUCAAAAAUUAAUCAACAACUAGAUAGACAAGAUGUAAGUUCAUUGAAUAAUUUUAAGAGAGCAUCUGAAGUACUCAAAGAAAGUCUAGCUACAAUGCAUUCAUUGGAUAUUAUUAGAAAUGAUGCCAGCAUAGAUUUCUCAAAAUAUACAUUGGACUGGUAUUCCAAAGCCACAAUGAGAGAAAAAUAUUCCAUUGAAAAAAGCAUACAAAAGAUAAUGAAUAAGCUUUUUAAAAAGGCACAAAAAAAGAAAAAAAAUAUGAAGAAGAAAAAGAUAG